CGCUCCGCUUCGUCCAGCCCAUGCCCAAAAUCCGGGUGUGCCGUCUGUGCGGCGUGGUGUCCUCUGUGGCCCGACUGCUGCCGUGCACGCACGUCCUCUGCGAGUCGUGCGAGGCCCAGGUUGCCGACAGGGGUCGCCCGCAGUGUCCCAUAGACGGCGCCGCCUUCGAGAGGGAACAGGUGACGACCAUGCCGUUCGCGAAGCGAGACCUGGGCGAGUACCACGUGCGCUGCAUUAACGACGACGUGGACGUGAGCGACGGCACCGACGGCUGCACCUUCAUCGGAAAGCUGGCCGCGCUUGAGGAACACUACCUGGCCCACUGCGUCCACGGCAGGGUCCGUUGUUCCAAAUGUGGGCGGAGCGUGUUCCGCAAGGACAUCGUCGACCACUACGUCGACUGCGCGGGUGCAGAGAUGGACACCAGUCCCGUGGAACCUGUAGACGACGGCAAGGUGAUUAUCGACGCCGCUGAAGCCAAACGCCUCGCCGGAACGCUGAAGGACCUUCAACAUGGGCUGAAGGAUGCCAGUCUCGGCACACCCAUGGCCACCGCGAACUUUGCCUCGCUGAGGCGCAAGGCCGUCUCCCUGGGUGACUUCCUCAGCGUACUCGAUCCCGACCAGACCGACGUGCCUAGACACGACAGUUGGUGCGGCAGUGAAGCUGGCUCCUCGACGAUCUGCAGGUUUCGAGGCAUCGAAGCCAUGCGCAAGUCCGGUGAAACGACGCUUGCUCUGGAGGAGCCUUGCAGGCUGCUUGGCUAUACGUUCACCCUGGCCUGCAAAUUCGAGAGGAGCCGGGGUAAGCUGUCCAGCGUGUCCUUCCUGUUCGCCCUCCGUUCCGGUGAGAGGGACGACUUUGUGGAGUGGCCGUUCGCCAGGCGAGUCAAGCUCAGCAUGCUCCACCCCAAGAAACAAGGAAAGGACGUUCCGGUCGAGUUGAAGAUAUGCCAGGAAAAGCACGCCCAAAGCCUGAGGAGGCCGCAGCCGGACGAUCCGCAGAACGGCAUACUCUCCGAGAAGAUCACGUGGAAGUACGUCGAGAAAAAAGAGCUUGUCGGUGACGACUGUCUGUUAGUGGCCGUGGAAUUCGAAUGAGCUGCCGUUAAGCUUCAACACCGUGGUUGUCCGCACACAUAACCUACCGCUGUCCCGAGCGACCCGCUACAGUCGAAACAGGA